AUGAAGGAGGAACCCGCUCGGGAAGGCUCGAUUGCCGACGACUCGAAGGCCAACCUUGCAGCGAAAGACCGCAAAUGUCAAUACUGCUCUCAAGCUUUUACCUCCUCCUCCCUGGGCCGACACCUCGACCAAUUUUUAUUUAAGAAGAAACCGGACGGCGUACACGACGUGGAGGAAAUUCGGCGACUUCGAAGUGGCAUUACUAGGCGGCAGGCCAGGACGUCUGCGGGGAAGACAGAAGGGAGUCCGGAACGAAGCCAGAAAAGGGAUUCUGUGGACCCCUCUGCAGCUGCAGACUCGGCCUCGAAGUCGCGCGAUGCUCCAGUGCGCAUGAUGUUCAACACGCCCACCUGGCACGCCACGGGGGUGAUCAAUGAUAUCCCGAACCCAAAUCGCGUGCCAGAUGGGCCUCGCAUCACGCCUUCACAGUCUCGCAAUGUUUCGCUGCAACUUCCUGAUUAUGCGAGUCGAGGGGCCAGCGCAAACAACCCGGAUACCAUGCGUGCAUUGGAACUGGCCUUGCGCGAAGUGCUUGACAACAUCAAGGCAGCAACUGUACGAUCAAGACCUCGGCUAUCUCCCUUUGACUUCGAUAUACAAUCCCAGACCUUCCCCUCUCUGUGCUUGCAGUUGCUGCCUCCCCCGCCGAGCCUGUUCGCGACAAGCCCCUUUCCUUCGUCCUCUUCGUUCCCUUUACAGCCGCCGGGUGUCGAAUACGUCGACAUAGUCCGACAGAAACUGCGAUCCCAGGUCGCACAGUGGCAAGAGGACCAGAUAAGAGCUGACCAGACUUCAGCGCCUCACACGAGGCACGGAAAUAAUGGGGUAGACGCUAGCUUGAUUUAUCGCAGUGCGCAGCAGCAUGAAGACAUCAGUCUUCGGCAUCUGGAUCUUGCCUUUAACCACUGGAACUCCCUCCCACGAGAUACUCGUAGCGAGGCGUGGCAGCUAGAAAUCAUGCGCGCGUUUGCACGCGAGGCUGAGAAGCGCAAGUCCUCGGACGAGCAACUUGCCAGGGUACAACAAGAAGCCAACCAACUCCGGGCGCAAGUCGAGCGCCUCGGGUCGUGCCAAUGGCCCCGCGAGUUCGCCCUCUUUCCGCCAGAUACAUUACCCCUGCCCCGGCAGGUGGCGCGCGAACUUGAUGCGCAGGACAGCCAUAUAAACCCCACCUCAUCACGAUGGGACUAUGAUAAUGUGGUCGCCAAAUGGAAGCGCGUCGUGAUGCACGAUAAGGGCAUGGGUCGGAUCGGAGUUGGCUAUGGAGGAAAUCCCAGCCCAUUGGGGGAUUCAGAUCAUGGUCUUCCCCAGCAGAGCCCUGAUAUCCGUCCGCCGCGGCCGGGUGAAGACACAACCUCUCACCCGAACCGUCUGCGGCCUCUACAAUCUGCGGCCACUAGAAGUCCAGAUGUAGGUGCUGCAUCUACUCCUGCGUCCUCCACCCACUAUGCUUCGCCCCACUCUUAUGCAGAUCCACGCAGCCCGCCUGGCGCCCUGCCCUCAGUAAGUGGGUUGCCACCAGCCAAACGCCCUAGGCUCAUGAAUGGUUCAGAGGAUGUCCCUGAGUCCGGACCCCCUCAUGCAGUCACCAAGCCAUGGGGUUCCUCCACUCCACACCUAUCCAACCUUGCUGCUCCUUCGGGACAGACGCCUCCAUCUCGGGGCUAG